AUGCCGGUGUCUUCUUGGCCAGACAUCCCCCUACGCUAUGCUCUCCCAGCGGCCGCAGCCACGGCGGCAUAUCUCAACGCACGAUGGUCCCUCUCCUACGAUCUCGGCCUGAUCAAGUCUCUCCUCAAGAUGUCAAUUAAAUCCCGCUACGCCGAACGAGGUGAUAAACUGAACCUCUUCUAUGCCCUUGAGAACUCCGCGCUUUCUCCCGCGACCGCCGACCAGGAAUUCAUCGUAUACGAUGGCAAGGCGUGGACAUUCCACGAGACAUAUCUGAUGGCUCUCCGUUACGGCGCCUGGUUUAAGAAGGUCCAAGGAGUUCGUCGCAAGGAUAUCGUAGCGAUGGACCUUAUGAAUUCCUCGACCUUCCUGUUCAUGGUCCUCGGCCUUUGGAGCAUUGGCGCGGUCCCCGCUUUCAUCAACUAUAACUUGGCCGGCAAGCCACUUACCCACUCGGUGCGGACCUCCACUGCGAAACUGCUGAUCGUGGAUGAGGAAGUUCGUAACUGCUUCCCCUCGGAACAAUUGGAGACCUUUGCGUCGCCGAGUUUCCGCGAUGGAAAGGGUCCCGUGAAGGUGGUUUUCUUCACUUCCGAUGUCGAGUCCCAGAUCUUGGAUAUGGAGCCUGCGCGCGAAGAUGACAAGGUGCGCGCUGGCUUGAUCCCACGCGAUAUGGCAAUCCUGAUCUACACCAGUGGUACUACUGGUCUGCCUAAACCCGCUAUCGUCAGCUGGAAGAAGUGCUGGUCUGGUGGUUUGUUCGUGGGUGAUUGGAUGCGCAUGGGUCCUUCAGAUCGCUUCUUCACCUGCAUGCCGCUUUAUCACUCUUCUGCUUCGGUUUUGGGAUUCGUGACCUGCUUGAUGAACGGGUCGACCAUUAUUAUCGGGCGCAAGUUUUCUGCUCGCAACUUUAUGAAGGAGGCUCGUGAGACCAAUGCAACCAUUAUCCAGUACGUGGGUGAGACACUGCGCUACAUUCUGGGUGUGCCGCCCGAGAUCGAUGCCGUCACGGGAGAGGAUCUGGACAAGAAGCAUAAUAUUCGACUCGCGUUUGGCAACGGUCUUCGUCCGGAUAUCUGGAAUCGCUUCAAGGAUCGCUUCAAUAUUCCCACGAUUGCCGAAUUCUACGCUGCGACAGAGGGCACCUCUGGUCAAUGGAACAUUUCUUCAAAUGACUUCUCUGCCGGCGCCAUCGGCCGCAAUGGCGCUCUGGGAAACCUCAUCCUCGGUCGUGGCUCGGCCAUCGUGGACGUAGACCACGAAACUCAGGAACCGUGGCGCGAUCCCAAGACCGGUCUGUGCAAGAAGGUUCCUCGCGGCGACCCUGGCGAGCUUCUGUUUGCCAUCGAUCCUGUGGAUCCUAGCGCUACCUUCCAAGGUUACUUCCAGAACUCCAAGGCGACCGAGGGCAAGAUUGUGCGUGAUGUUCUGAAGAAGGGCGAUGCAUACUUCCGCACGGGUGAUAUGGUUCGAUGGGAUCAGGAUGGACGCUGGUUCUUCUCCGAUCGCAUUGGCGAUACUUAUCGUUGGAAGAGCGAGAACGUAUCUACCAAUGAAGUUGCCGAGGUUCUCGGCGCCCAUCCGGACGUGCAUGAGGCUAAUGUCUACGGCGUCGCUCUGCCUAAUCACGAUGGUCGCGCCGGAUGUGCGGCUAUCGUGUUCAACCAGCAGAUCGCCAGCGGGAACACGUCGGGGCCUGCAUUGGAGCCGUCAUCUGCAACACUCCACAGCUUGGCGGUUCAUACGCUCAAGAAUCUGCCUCGAUUUGCUGCGCCUCUCUUUAUCCGCGCGAUGCCAGCGAUGGUGUCUACUGGCAACAAUAAGCAGCAGAAGCAUGUCCUGCGUACGGAGGGAGUUGAUGUGUCGCAGGUCUCUCAAAGUGACCGCCUGUAUUGGCUCCAGGGUGACACUUAUGUCCCCUUUGGGCAAAAGGACUGGGAUCGCCUGAAUGGUGGCCAGGUUCGUCUUUGA